CCCCCCUCCCCCCCGUUCUCUGGCGGUGUCUGGUUGUGGUUGUGUUCCCGAUGUACGCUCGCACUAUACCAUACCGCAGUGUGUAGCGAGACGUCCGAUUAAACAGCACAAAAUUGGGUUAAACAGCUCACCAAAAGGCUGAUCUUUCAUGUCUACCGCCGUGUGCAGGAACACAUUCCAGUAGCUCUUAUUACACCUGUUGCCUUUGUAUGCACAUAGACGUGAGCGACUUAGCGCUGUAGGAUAGCUACCCCUGAGGCCGUGUUGGACACCGCUCACCGUCCGUGGGUUAGCUACCGCCGGGGUCGUGCUGGCCGUCGCUCACCGUCCGUGGGUUAGCUACCUCUGGGACUGUAUUCACCGCCGCUCACCGUCCGUGGAAUGCCAUGUCAGCCACCGCUCACCGUCCGUGGAAUGCCAUGUCAGCAACGGCUCACCGUCCGAGGAAUGUCAUGUCAGCCAACGCUCACCGUCCGAGGAAUGCCAUGUCAGCCACCGCUCACCGUCCGUGGAAAGCCACGUCAGCUAACGCUCACCGUCCGAGGAAUGCCAUGUCAGCCACCGCUCACCGUCCGAGGAAUGUCAUGUCAGUCACCGCUCACCGUCCGAGGAAUACCAUGUCAGCAACGGCUCAUCGUCCGUGGAAAGCCAAGUCAGCCACCGCUCACCGUCCGAGGAAUGCCAUGUCAGCCACCGCUCACCGUCCGUGGAAUACCAUGUCAGCAACGGCUCACCGUCCGUGGAAAGCCAAGUCAGCCAACGCUCACCGUCCGAGGAAUGCCAUGUCAGCCAUCGCUCACCGUUCGAGGAAUGUCAUGUUGGCCGCCGCUCAUCAGCCGCCAUGUGCCUUCACCAGGACAUCAGCUCCUGUACUGCAGGACCUGUACACGCUGACGCUGCUGACGCACGCGCGCGCCGUGGCCGGCCGCCUGGACGAGGCGCGGUUUGGUCUGACAGAGCUCAAGAGCCGCGCCACCAGGGAUGAGGGCCUGGUGUACUGGCGCAACGAAGGGUCUGGCGAGAAUCGGGCGCUCAGCGUAGAGAUGGGUGCCUAUAACAUCCUGACGAUGAAGCUGGUGGAGAAAGCCGGUGACGACAGCAGCGAACACUUCAGCGACGCGCUGGGUGCCGUGCGCUGGAUCACCCAGCAGUGCAACAGUCCGCGGCGGCUUCGUGUCCACCAUGCGGUGCUGGCGCUGGAGGCACUGGCCGUCUUCUCGGCCGACCUGCCUCGCCUCAGCAGCGCCGACCUGCGAGUACACGUCUCUGAUGACAGCUCGCUGAACGACAUCAUCAGCGUGACGGCGGACAAUCAGCUACUGAUGCAAACUCGUGACAUCACGCUGCUGCAGGUCACGUCCACGUCAGAGCCAGGGCACCGGCUGCGCCUGGUGCAGGUCAGUGGUGGAGCAACCGUGUUAAACCCACGUCAGUGA